GCCUGUAAAUAAUAUGAUUUACUGCAAGUUAUGUGUUUAUUAUGAAUCAUGUGUUACCUCACAAAAUUGUAUGUAAACUAAAAUACUGUUUUGUCAUAUGGAAAGAGAGUCUCGUGUAGAAGUGGCUUGUAGUAAUCUUUACUCACUGGUCAUUUUAUUAGGUACACAGUGAGGUCUUCAGGUUCAAAGAUCCUUUUCUUCAUACUGAAGUUAGAACAAUUGUGAUUUUUCUAUCUUUUACAACCACUCCUCAGCCAGCAUGUUAUUGUGGGCCACUCCGUACCCUUUCCAGACUACUUGGGAAGUGGGUACUAAGUGGGUAAUUUAUAUGGUUUUAGCCCCACAGGAGGGGCCACCAUGGAAACCACGGUCAAACCUGCUUGGGGACUCAUAUUAUCAGCCUGAAAAUAACCCUUAUGGGGCCCACAUUGACACGCUGACUGGGUCGGGUCAUGAAAAUAACGAGGCACUUGCUCCAAAAAGAACUGUUGCUGUUCACUGGGUAUUUUCUCUUUUCCAGAAUGUUUUCUGUAAAUCUGGAUAUGGAUGGACAUAUGUGUAUGUCGUCUUGUCCAUGUCUACAUAUCAAAGUGCAUGGUCUUGCUGCAACGUCUGAUUAAAUAUUUGUGAGAAACUGCAGUUGAGCAGGUGUACCUAAUAAAGUGGCCAGAGGUUGUGUCUGCAGCGCUGGACUUUCUGUAAUCUCCAUGUUUUGGGGACUGAGCAUAUGAAUAAUUCGUGGAAGAUGUACUUCCUGCGACGAUGCCACCUCGAGACAAAGAUGGGGAAAGGACGAACAGGAGGUUACACCUGCAAAAGCCUCAGAGGACACACGGGCAGUGUGGUGGGGCUCGUGUACCUGCAGGGGAAUUUAGCCCAGAAUCCGGACCUCCGGAACAGCAGCGCCACAGUCUGCAGUGCCUCUUCUGAUGGUACAGUCCGAGCGUGGAGCAUCCAGAAUGGUGAGCUCCUGUGGUGCACUCCUGUCCAGGAUCCACUGAGCAACAUCAUCACUGAUGAACAGCGUGACGUGGUGGUCACAGCAGACUCCACAGGUCUCAUUAAGACCUGGCGGGGCAGCACCGGCCAGGAGGUGGCCUCGUUUCCUGCCGGGUCUCCACACUGCACUUUACUUCAGUACGACGUCAACGACGACUGGUUUCUCACUGUUGGAACAGGUGGCGGAUCUGUGUGUACCCUCGCUGAUUCCACUCUGUCUAAAAAGUCCAGCGUGAAGGUGUGUGACACCUUCAGAGUCAACAUACUCAAGGUUUCGCCCAACAAGAAAUGGAUCGUCGCUGGAACCAAGGACAAUGAUGAUUUAAGUCCAAAGGUGAUCUACACAGAGAGUUUGACGACGCCGUCUGAGGAUGAAGAUCCUCUGUGCCGGGCGGUGCCAGUCGCCGGGUGCUCGGCUGCUGUCUUCGUCCCCACCCAGCCCGCCAGACUGGCCGUCGUGCACCAAACCGUGCCCUCAGACAACAAAGCCCUCACUGUCUUUGACGUCAGCAUUAAAAAGAGCAAGUACAAGUCGGAGAUCCAGGUCCAGCAGGUGGAGUCCUUUCCCUUGUCCUUGAACACCUGGUCGUCGCGCGUCCUUCUGGAGGCCAAGGACAGCAACUGCUUGGUGCUGUCGUGUGAGCGGGAGCUGUGGGUGUACUCGCUGAAAGGAGCUCUCCUCGCUAACUUUAAAGAGCACACCAUGUCCAUCGCCUCUAUAUGUUUGGACAGCUUCCGUGUGGUGACGGCGUCUCAGGAUCUCUCCUUACACGUACUGACGUGGAAAAAUGACCGGGACGCUGGGCUGACUCUGGAGAGCAGAUACCACUUGUUGGGAGGGUCUCACACAAUGUCCAGAGGCUUCACUCACGUUGCCUGCGACUACACCAGCAUUGUGGCCUCAGUAGAAGGAACAAAUGGGAAAGACGUCUUAAAGGCUUAUUUUUUCACAUCCUGAGCAUCGAACAAAAGUGCCUCCGCACAGAUUAACAUUUGGUUAUAUUUUCUGUGUAUAAUACGAUUGUAUUUGUAGGUCAGUGUACAAAAAAAGAGAGAAUCAGUAUGGCAUUUAUACACUGUGUGUUACAUUAUGAUUAAUGAGAAAAUGACUAUUAUUUUAUGGACCUUAUGUAUAUCAAUAGUGAAUUUGAGCAGGUUUAAGGCAUGUUGUAUUGCAAAAAAAACCCAAUGUUCUUCAAUAUGUUGCCUCUACAACACUAUGGCAAGUUAUAGUCAUAUAUUAACCGCAAUAAACUACACAAGUGCUCAUAUUUA